AGUGCGCUACGGAUAGCGUGCCAAUUCUGAGCUUUUCCGGACGCUUUUUCCACCUUCGUCACCACGGGAGACACAGCCGCCGGCGCCGCCGAUGAGCCGCUGGCGCAAGGUGUCAGCCCAGCGGGGAAAAGCCCUCAGACCAUGCCGAUUCCUGGGGGGUUCUCGCCCCUCUGGCUUCGGUUCGGCAGCACUAUCGCUGCUGAGAAACUGUUCCGAUUUUUAUCCAGAGCUGCUCUCAGCGGAGGAAGACGCAACUUUCCACACACCCAGGAAAACGGCUUCGGACCUGGGAAUUGCUGCUGCAGUUUUGUUUUCUAAAGGUCGGUGGUUUGAGCCAUUCAUGGAUUUCAUUGAUCAAGUAAGAGACACUGUCAAGAAGACGGUGGAAGGGCAAGAGCUACAAGACCAGCUCAUGUUAGAAAUUGUCACCACAAAUGCAAAUGAAGCCUCUCGGCGAGUUAUCAUGGCACUUCCAGCGUCCCCUCCACCAACAUUUGAUCAGCUCAUCGAGGAGUGCACAAGAAAAGCCAUACUAAUGGCAGAGGACUUGGUGAAAAAGCUUCAGGAAAAAGUGGUUGCUCCGACAUCGGCAACCCCAAGAACUCCAGCACUGAGACCUCCCCCACCCAAACGCAGGUGUUAUUACUGCAAUCAGGAAGGCCACCUCAUCAGCCAAUACCCCUUUCAGGGGACAGCGCCUCCUCAGGGGGGGAGGGCGGCAGGGGGAGAGUUCUCCAACCAGCAAAAAAACUAAUUGGGGAGCGCGGACCUACCCUGCGUGAUGAUACAAAUGGGGUGGGUCAGGGCGUUGUUGCCAAAGCUGCUGUACACCGCAUUGUGCCAAGUGUCAGCAGCCAAUUACACCACUGAUAAAACUGAACCUUACCAAUUGCGACUCACUGAACCUAUUCAUUUCUCUAACCAGGAAUGGCAUUUCAUCAUAGCAACAGCAGAGCUGCUACCCCGCAUUUGGGACUGCGAAACUCGCAGACUGAAUGAUCUACUAAUCUGCAAGUACCUUGUCAUUGGUGACACAAAGUACACCCCACAAAAGAUAGAGAUCCCGCCUGCCAUCCUUUGACUUGAUCCUAGGACCUUCUAUCUUAUGGCACGUUGUGUCCACUCCCCCCUCUUCCUGCCACAGGGACAGAUCAUUGCACUGGUAAUCCCAGUGCCUCACCUUUUAUGUGAUGAUCUAGACCUGUCAGUCUUUUACAAAGAGACGUUGGAAGAGGAGAAGUUUCUUGUGUGGUGUGGCCUUAAGAGCGAGGGGCAUUCCAUUCAACUUCAGGGGAUGAUGGACACAGGGGCAGAUGUAACAGUCAUUUCCUCACACAAAUGGCCACAACAGUGGGAGCUGGAAAGUGUAGGCAACCCAGUUUUUGGUGUGGGGGUCCACAACUGGCACAACAGUCUAAGAAUAUAGUCCAAAUUAAGGGGCCAAAUGGGCAAUUAGCAUCUCUACGCCCGUUUGUUUUAAAUUCAAAGUUCACUCUCUGGGGAAGAGAUGCCUUGACCCAGUGGGGGACAAAAUUAGAACCACCAGCCCCCCAGGGUUUUUAGGUGCAGCCACUGAAGAGCGCCCUACCCAAAAACUCAAGUGGCUCAAAAACACACCCAUCUGAGUAGAGCAAUGGCCACUGAAUAAACAAAAGCUAAGAGCACUCACUCAGAUUGUGAAAGAUGAAUUGGCAAAAGGACAUAUAGUAGAAACCAACAGCCCUUGGAAUUCACCAUUUUUUGUUAUUAAGAAACCAGGAAAGGACAAGUGGCGACUCCUCCAUGAUCUCAGAAAAAUUAAUAACGUAAUUGAGGACUUAGGAUCUCUCCAACCAGGGAUGCCUUCCCCAUCUAUGCUCCCCCAAGACUGGAAAUUGGCAGCGAUAGAUAUCAAGGAUUGUCUCUUUCAAAUUCCCCUGCACCCAGAUGAUGCACCAUGCUUUGCCUUCUCUGUACCUUCCAUCAACAGAGAGGCUCCCAUGAAACACUACCACUGGAAAGUACUACCUCAGGUCCUCAAAUGCUCUCCUACCAUUUGCCAGUGGUAUGUCGCCAGAGUUCUGUCCCCAGUGCGUGCCAAGUGGGAAAAUUGCAUUUUCUACCAUUAUAUGGAUGAUGUUCUUGUCUGUGCCAACAGUGAAAUUCUACUUGCAGAGGCGUUGGAGGACACUAUCACAGCCUUGUCGGCAGUUGGAUUUGAGUUACAGAAAGAAAAGGUGCAACACCUGCCACCUUGGAAAUACCUGGGCCUUGAAAUUAACAACAGGACCAUCAUACCCCAGAGGCCAAUGAUAAAUGACAACCCAAAAACAUUACGGGACCUCCAUCAGCUGUGUGGGUCCUUAAACUGGAUCAGACCCUGGCUGCGGCUCACCACUGUACCCUGACCACUCCUACUCCCUUGCCCUUAUAUGCCCAGUCCCGCCUUCCCUCGGGGCUCCUGGAGCCUGCUCCCUCCUCGAGAGCUUGUGUUCCCUAUCUCCUUCUCCCGCUCCUUUGCCUUCCUUCAAUAAAGCCUCUUGGAAUUCUGCUGCCCAGGAGA